AUGGCGUCGAGUAGUAAUGCUACGCCGCUGCUAUACGCAUGCAUAGCCCACAACACCACCGUCCUAGCCGAACACACGGCCUCUGCCUCCUCCAACGCCUCCUCCCUCAUCUCCCUCGUCCUCCCCCGCCUCUCCCACUCCACCUCCUCCCACAAAACAAUCGACCAGUCCAAAUUCUUCAUCCACUGCCUCGUCAAAUCCCCCGCCGACUUCCCCGCCUCGCAGUCCUCCGCCGGCGGCCUAACCUUCCUCGUCAUCGCCGAACGCGACCUCGGCCAACGCAUCCCCUUUGGCUUCCUCACCAACCUCGAGAAGAAAUUCUUCGCCGAAUUCGACGCUGCAGAGACCAAUUUCGCCGAUCUGCCGCCCUAUGGCUGCGCGAGCUUCAAUGCCGCGCUCAGGAAGAUGAUGCAGGAGCAGGGCGGGACCCAGGCGGGCCAGCAGGAUGCCUUGCGCACGGCGCAGCGCGAGAUUGAAGGCGUCCGGGAGAUUAUGACGGAGAAUAUCGAGAGAGUGCUGGAGCGGGGCGAGCACAUGAGUGUGUUGGUGGACAAGACGGGUCGCUUGGGUGAAAAUGCACGCGAUUUUAGGGUCAGGAGUCGGACGCUGAAGCGGCGCAUGUGGUGGAAAAAUGUCAAACUCAUGGUGCUGCUGACUCUGGUCGUCAUCUUUUUGAUAUAUUUGUUCGUUGGCUUUGGCUGUGGUCUGCCUGCAUGGGGACGUUGCCUCCGUCACUAG